UGUAAAAUAAUAUCUAUAAUCGCGUCUAGACUGUGAAUAAGGUUAUCGCUGGUGUCAAUGUUAACAGUUCUAAAAAAUAUAUUCAUCUGCGUUGAUAGCUCAUCAUUUUUAGUAACACUUCUGUAAUGGGCUUGAUUAUACUGAGAAGUUACAUUGAACCUAGCAUCUUUUUGCAUCUUGUUCCUUGCAUGAUAGAUGCUAAUUUAACAAAAUGUUCUUUUAUUUUCAUAUGAAAUUAUAAAUAAACGGGAUGCAGCGGGUCUAUGCCUUUUCACACUGCUCAGUUUCUACGGCUUCCUGGUAAUGUGGUUCACAGACGUAUUCGAUAACUACGCAUUAUCUCAACUGGUGAUAUCAAAUAAAUCUGAUGGAUACUCUAUGUGGAAAAAGCCUACUCCAAAACCGUUAUAUAAGAUUCACAUCUUCAAUUAUACGAAUGUAGAAGAUUUUAUGGUUGGUUUAGAUAAAAAGCUAAACGUGGAAGAGCUUGGGCCCUAUGUGUACGAGGAAUCUAGUGAAAAAGUGGACAUAGAGUUUCAUGAGGAUAAGGUGUCUUAUAGAGUCAAGAGGAACUACGAAUUUCGUCCUGACUUGUCCAAAGGAAAGCAGAGUGAUCAAGUCACUGUUCCCAACAUGGCAGUUUUUACAGGAGCAGCGAUGGUACAGAACCAAAACUAUUUCGCCAGGUUGGGAUUUGCAGGAUUAUUGGCUGGCAUGGAUGUCAAGCCUUUCCUAACCGUAUCGGCUCACUCUUUCAUUAUGGGAUACGAUGAUAAGCUAUUCGAGAUGUCCAAGGGAUUCCAAAGAAUAAACAACAUCGACGCUCCCGAAAAGAUGGGAUUGCUCUCUUCGAAUGUUGGAGUGAACAAAGACGAACUCACGGUGAAUACGGGAAAGACUGACAUAAACAGGGUUGGCAUGGUUGAAGAGGUGAAUGGUGAAACAGAACUGGACUAUUUCUCCACGAAUGAGUGUAACAGAAUCAGCGCGACUGAGGGCGUGAACUACCCACCCAACCUGAUCCAGGCAAAGAAACCUGUUCGUUACCUGUUCCUACCAGCUUGUCGCGCGAUGCCCAUGGAGUUUGAUGAAGAGGUGUCGAUUCUGGACGGAAAAGUUUCCGCUUAUAAGUACAAACAGCCUCAAAGUGUGUUUCAGACGGCUGAUGAAUAUCCCGAGAAUCAAUGCUACUGCAGCGAAGCUGGAGCGUGUCCUCCUAAGGGUCUCAUCAACGCUACAGCCUGCAAUUUAGGAGCGCCGCUCUUCAUCUCCAAGCCCCACUUCAAGGGCGGUGAUAGAAAGCUGGCGGAGAGCAUCAGAGGUCUUCAGCCCAAUCGGUCGGACCUACCCGAAUCAAUCGUGUACGUUCAUCCACAAUUUGGUUACCUGAUGUCUGGCCAAACCGUCAUCCAGGUGAAUAUUAUGGUGAAAAAAUCAUACGGGAUCGCUCAGCUGGGAAGAUUUGAAGCAGACCAGGUUUUGCCCAUCGCCUGGUUCAAUGUGAAUCUAGAAGAAGAUCGCCUCCCAGAGGACUUCCUCGACAUCAUCUACCAGACAACCUUCACCUUCAAAGGGGUCAAACUGGCCUUCCAAUAUGGAUCACUGCUCAACGCUAUCAUGGCCUUCAUCUUCACUACAGUGAUCAUCAUCAAAUGGCUGAGAGUGAGACAGAGAAGGCUGGAACGACAACAACGAUCUACAGAUAGAGUCAGGACCGGGCAGAAUGUCGGAGUCGCAAUUGUAUGAUUUGCAAGGCGUGACAGUCUGAUCAAAAUCAGGGUUACCAUCAGCUGAGGCUGAACAGGUAGCUUGGAGGCAACAAUCCGUCAUAUUCAGAUUGAAGAGGAUUCGCCUCGAAGAGAAAACAGAUUUCGCUUGUUUGUAAGCAUGCUGUCUCUGGUAUGUGAUACGGAACAUUUCAAUUCAGAUCUUGGUAAUGAUUUGUAUGGGUUAUAGCGACAGUGAAAACGACAAAGAAAAAUACAGUUGGGACUUUCUUGAAUAAUAAAUUCCGAAAAAGUCCGCUAAACUAAAUCCUGUCCUGCUUCCACAGCGCACUACGAGGGUUGUUUGAAAAAUAGGGUACCAGACACAAAGAAAUUUUUUAUUUGAAAAAACGAAUAUACCAUUGGAAGCGUUGAUCUUUAGGCUAUUUUUCUAUACAGUCGCCAUUUGUUCUACGUGGAAUCCACUUGGAAACUUGCUAACUGCACCUUGCAAUUGCUCGUCCGUCUCGAACCGUUGUCCGUCUAGACGCUCCUUUAAUUUAGGAAACGCUAUGUCAGGGUUGUAUGGUGGAUCUGCAAUGACUUUCCAGCCAAAGCGCUCGAUUAAGUCCUUCUUUGGACACCUUGGAAUCAAAUUGGGAUAACUUCAAACACUGUUCUACUGGGUGCAUCAUCUAUUACUUUUUUUACCUAUAAGUUUAUGUGUUACCAUGUGAGUUAAAAGUUAAAAGCAUAAAUGAACUGUCAAAGGUAUGACAUUUAUAGUCAUGGAUUCGUUUACAACACAACAACGCAUUUUGGUUAUGAUGGCAUUGAUUUACACCUCCAUCCAUACAAAAUCCAACUAACACAAGAAUUGAAGCCGGUAGACCAUCAACAGCGGCGUGUUUUUGUUAGUUGGAUGCUGGAAAGAGAAGACGGAUUUUUAGUUGGCCCUCGAGAUCGUGCGAUUUAACACCUCUUGACUAUUUUCUUUUGGGAUUUUUGAAAGGAAAAGUGUAUGCGAAUGGUCCCCGGACAAUUCAAGACCUAAGGCGCAAUAUUCGGACUGAAAUUGCGGCCAUAGAACCGAUUUUUAUGGGAAAAGUCAUUGAACAUUUUAAUGUUCGGAUAUUGGCCUGUAAACGAAGCCGCGGUGGUCACACAACUGAUGUUAUUUUUCAUACAUGAAUCGCAUAAACCAACCUUCAUUUAUCAAUAAAAAAAUUCGAUUUCACCUCGUAAAAAGCGUGUUGAUUUUUCAAAUAGAGAAAAAAGUAAUAGAUGGACGCACCCUGUAUAAGCAUCAUGGUGGCAGGGCGAUACUUCAAACUUUAUCAUUUUUUACCUAAUCACUGCUUCACCGUCCAUUAACUUUGUUAUUUUAAACAUAGUUGUUCCUAAAAAGAAAGACCCAGCUUUCAGAACCCCCUGUAUAUUCAGCAAAUUCUGGUGACUUCCGUCGUAUCAAAGCCACUUUUGGAAAAGUCAAGAAAAUGUAACUGCUAUAUAUAUCGUGCAGAUUUGCUCUUUAUGUUAUGUUAAGAAAUGGUAUAAAAAUAAGAAAGUACCCAUUGUAUUACCGUAAGAGAUUCUGAAGAUUUAAUUAUUGAUUCGAGAUUCGAGGUUUUACUUCGUCACAUAUUCGAGACAGCAAAAUGAGUUUUGUGCAUCUACAUCAUAGUGUGGUUAGAACUGCGACGUAACAGAUUCCAAACUAUGAUACAAAGGCUGUUUAUUAUAGUUAUGAAUGUGUCUACCACACAGUGGUAUUAGCGAUUUAUUAAAAAUUGCAAUGUAGUUAAACUACAAUAGCCUUGUAUGUCCAUGUUCAUUUAUUUAUAUUCCAUAUAUAGUAAGUUAACCUCAGUGGAUUAUACUAGGAUUAUUACUUGUUAUCUUGAUAAUUUCAUUUGUUUCAACACUUGGUUGAAUUUUCGUAUUCUAGUCCUUAAUAUAGUAAAUGCAACAACGACUGGGAGUGCAGUAAUUUUGAGCAUACUUUUGCAAGUUUUGGAUCUACUGAUAAAUAGAAAGUGAUUAAAAUUUUAACUCGAAAUUUCGCAAAAUAACUGAGAUAUCCCACCUUAGUGUUAGAAAGUUGAGCGAAAUUAGCGCGUCUGUGAACUCUAGGCACGAUAAUGCAAUGAAACAACAAUGAAACAACACAGAAAAAUCACUGAAUAUCAAGUAAACAUCUUCAUAUUGUUAUUGUUCCUGGUGUGAAAAAAAGCCUUUACAAAAAAAGUACGGCUUGGAAUGUCUUCAACAUUUUAUCAGUGUAUACAUACUUCCAUGAUAGCAAAUAUAUUUACAGGUAUUUAACAAAUUUCAAUAAAUAACUCUGGUUGUUCCAUUUUAUACGUCACUUAGUAUAGAGACGAAAACACCAUUCCAGGAUGUUGUUUUUUAACAUCAUAGGUAUACAGGGUGUUUCAGUUUAUUGUUGCAUAACUUUAAGAUUCGAUAGAACUUUUAAAAUUAAUGCAUAUAGACUAUAUAAACAUGGGUCGAAAAAUGCGUGACUUCCGAAAUACAGGGUGUUUAAAUUUAGUUUUUAAAAUAGUUUUUUUUAAAUAUUUCGAACAAUAUUUGAUGUAUAACAGUGAAAAUUGGUAUACAAGGGUUUUUUGGUACGACAAAACGAACCAUGGGCAUAGUUUUGCUGUAGCCGCUAGAGGGCGCUCUCUACUGUACCUGUAGUGUAUUCAAAUGACCGAAAUUUUUUUCUUAGUGCAAUUUUUUGCUUUUCGAAUAAAAAAACUGAUUCUUCGCACUUUCGUGCAUAAAAAAGCUUUCCUGUGAGUUUUCGUUAUAGUUAGCCGUUUUUGAGAUAUUUCGAUUUUUAAGGUUCGAUGCAUUUUUAAAUAUUUAUGGGAAAAUAAUAUUUUUUUUUACAUUUUCGAUUUGGGCAUUACAAGUAAUUAAGAUGAUCGUUUAGAUUGUGUCUUUAAACACAGCAAUAAUUCCUAACUCCAAAUAAACACAAAAAACAGAAUAUUAAUUUGUUUAAUUUUCCAAUAUUAUUUUUAACAAUUUAAAUUAAUUAUUUGCUAUUGGAUAGUUAGGACAAACAUACAAAAUGAAUAUCCACUAACUCUUGAUUGGAGAAUAAAAAUUGCAUUUUUAUAAAACUUACAAAAAAAAGACAGGUAAAAGAAACUAAAACUCGUGCAUUCACAAUUGCAAAAAAACCGUUUCAGGUUUCAACAGACAACAAAACUAACUGUCAACUAAUUGACGUUUAACCUUAUUCUGAUUUCAAAAAUUAUCGAGAUACUGACUUUUUAACGUUAUUUUAUCAUAAAUAUUUAAAAAUGCAUCGAACCUUAAAAAUCGAAAUAUCUCAAAAACGGCUAACUAUAACAAAAACUCACAGGAGAGCUUUUUUAUGUUGAAAAGUGCGAAGAAUAAUUUUUUUUAUUCAAAAAGCAAAAAAUUGCACUAAGAAAAAAUUUUCGGUCAUUUUAAUACACUACAGGUACAGUAGAGAGCGCCCUCUAGCGGCCACAGUAAAACUAUGCCCAUGGUUCGUUUUUUCGUACCAAAAAACCCUUGUAUACCAAUUUUUACUGUUAUACAUCAAAUAUUGUUCGAAAUAUUUAAAAAAAAACUAUUUUAGAAAGUAAAUUUAAACACCCUGUAUUUCGGAAGCCACGCAUUUUUCGACCCAUGUUUAUAUAGACUUUAUGCAUUAAUUUUAAAAGUUCUAUCGAAUCUUAAAGUUAUGCAACAAUAAACUGAAACACCCUGUAUAUUGUCUCAAAUAUUGACGACUGAAGUAGAGUGGUCAAAAUUUUGUAAUUAAAGUUUUCGCCAAUGAAAACACUCCGUCCGUAUUGUUAGAGGAUACAUGCUUCAACUAAAAAGACGUUCUGGUAUUGUUUAUGCCAAAAGCUAUCACUUCAUAGCUAUAUAUUUGCUCAUAAAUGUUGGGGAUAUAAUGAAUUUGUAUUAGGAAAAAGAAAAUUUUUUCUUACUAAGUUUCUCCGAAUUUCGUUACAAGCUCCAAAAUCCUACUGAAAUACAGUAAAAUCUUCACUUCAAGUGACCGGUACGGUAGCUAUUUUUUAAAAACAUUUUUUUCCAACAUGUUUGUGCAUCCGUGUUAUGACAUAUCGAAAAUGAUUUUUUUUGGAAAAUGGAAACUCCUCAUAAUGAUAUUUUUUUAUUUACUACUAUGUUACAAAUUCAUUACAACCGAAUUUCUUACGGAAUUGGGAGUGUACCUGUACCAUUCUAUAUUUCACAUUCCCUUGGUGCUAGCAUAAGAAUAUAUUUUAUUUUUUACAGUAAAAUAUAAGCUCAUUUUUUUCAAGGAUGGAGUAUUACAAUUUCAGAUAUAGCUGGAUUGAUGUGUAUAUUUUGUCAAGCAGCUAUUUUUGGAAUCGGUCAACUUAUAUUAUUUCUAGUAUCUAGACAACACUUAUUAGUCUCAUUUGAAGACUGCAUAGUUUAUACCGUGGGAUGUUUAAAAUUGUUGAAAAUGUUUGUUGUUAUUUUUUAUACGUUGUUAAAUAAAACUGCUAUGAUGAA